AGUAGGGAAUGGGGGAGCAGUGAGCAGGACCGCUCCUCUCAGCGGCCAGGCCCAGAUCUUAAUAUCAUAUUAAUAGCUAGCUGCUUUGGGGGAUUGAAAGGGAGUGCAGCAGCCUUGCAAAAGGUCUGGUUCCAUCCACUGUCCACUUCACCCGGCUGGCUGCGUGAUUUAUUCACCGUGACAUCCCCAGGUCCACGAUAGUGCCUGGGGCAGGCACAAGACGGAUGCCCACAGCGGUCCGGUAGGAUGAAGGAAAGUCGUCCAGCAUGCUCUGCUCACCCCAUCCCAGGAUGCGCUGACCAUGAGCCUCAACUCCUCCCUCGGCUACAGGAAGGAGCUGAGCAACUUGACUGCAGCGGAAGGGGGUGAAGGGGGCAUCGUGCUUACUGAGUUCAUCGCCAUCAUCAUCAUCACCGUGUUUGUCUGCCUGGGUAACCUGGUCAUUGUGGUCACCUUGUACAAGAAGUCCUACCUCCUCACCCUCAGCAACAAGUUCGUCUUCAGCUUGACCCUGUCCAACUUCCUGCUGUCCGUGCUGGUGCUGCCCUUCGUGGUGACUAGCUCCAUCCGGAGGGAAUGGAUCUUCGGCGUGGUCUGGUGCAACUUCUCGGCUCUCCUCUACCUGCUCGUCAGCUCGGCCAGCAUGCUCACCCUUGGGGUCAUUGCCAUCGACCGCUAUUAUGCUGUUCUCUACCCGAUGGUGUAUCCCAUGAAGAUCACGGGCAACCGGGCUGUGAUGGCCCUUGUCUACAUCUGGCUUCACUCUCUCAUCGGUUGCCUGCCACCUCUCUUUGGUUGGUCUUCUGUGGAGUUUGAUGAGUUCAAGUGGAUGUGUGUGGCAGCCUGGCACCGGGAGCCUGGUUAUACCGCCUUCUGGCAGAUCUGGUGUGCCCUGUUCCCCUUUGUCAUCAUGCUCGUGUGCUAUGGCUUCAUCUUCCGUGUGGCCAGGGUCAAGGCGCGUAAGGUGCACUGUGGUACCGUGGUCAUUGUGGAGGAGGAUACCCAGAGGAGCGGGAGGAAAAACUCCAGUACGUCUACCUCAUCUUCGGGCAGUAGGAGGAACGCCUUUCAGGGCGUGGUCUACUCAGCCAACCAGUGCAAAGCCCUCAUCACCAUCCUCGUGGUCAUUGGUGCCUUCAUGGUCACCUGGGGACCCUACAUGGUUGUCAUUACUUCUGAGGCCCUCUGGGGGAAGAACUAUGUUUCCCCAACCCUGGAGACCUGGGCCACAUGGCUGUCAUUUACCAGUGCCAUCUGCCACCCUCUGAUCUACGGACUCUGGAACAAGACGGUGCGCAAGGAGCUCCUGGGCAUGUGCUUUGGGGACCGGUAUUACCGGGAGUCAUUCGUGCAGCGACAGAGGACUUCCAGGCUCUUCAGCAUUUCCAACAGGAUCACAGACUUGGGCUUGUCUCCGCAUCUCACGGCGCUCAUGGCAGGUGGACAGUCCCUGGGACAUAGCAGCAGCACGGGAGACACUGGCUUCAGCUGUUCUCAGGACUCAGGGACCGAUGUGAUGCUGCUGGAAGACUGCACGUCUGAUGACAACCCUCCCUCCCAGUGCACUUGCCCACCUAAGAGAAGGAGCUCUGUGACAUUCGAGGACGAAGUGGAACAGAUCAAAGAGGCUGCCAAGAACCCAAUUCUUCAUGUGAGAGCUGAAGUACACAAGUCCCUGGACAGUUAUGCAGCCAGUUUGGCCAAAGCCAUUGAGGCUGAAGCCAAAAUCAACUUAUUUGGGGAGGAGGCUUUGCCAGGGGUCUUGUUCACAGCACGGACUGUCCCAGGGGCCAGCUUUGGGGGCCGCCGAGGCAGUAGAACUCUCAUGAACCCCCGGUUGCAGCUGCAGAGCAUUGACGAAGGGAACGUUUUAGCUGCAGAACAGAGAUGAGGGUCUCUGGGAGCUGGAGCCGAAGCUGCUGCUGGCCUGUGGAAGGAUUCCCAGCACCACUGGUGUGCCGGGCCCUGGAACACUCACCAGGAACAGAGGGCGCAGUGCGGGAAGGAAACACCUGUGAGCAGAACGACUACACGUAAUGUCUCCGGUCUGACUUCAGCGUCUGCGGUGAGCCUGCAGGUGGGCUGCUUCUGGGUCCCCAGAAUGGAUCCAUGGCAGAGGCUGCCAAAGCUCACAGGAAAAGCAGAUGGAGAUGUGGCUGUGGCUCUGGGGGAUGGGACAUCCAGGACUGAGACCGUGGAGCCACUACAUGGAUCCUGUCUUCUUCACUUUGUUCCCUGCCCUGCUGGUCCAGACAUGCGUAGCUGCUGAGGCAUUCGGUGUGAAAGGACAAGCACUUCCUUUUUCAACAUUACAGUACCACGGGGGGAGGGGGUCUGUGAGACUGAUCUAAGGAGUGUGGGACCAGUAGUACUAGACUAAAAUACUAAAUAAUCCGGAGAGUACCCAGAACCGAGUACCCUAGAUAGACCCCAUACCUCCCGUCCUGCCUUUGUGGCACCUUCUGCUGGUGGUACAGGGGCAGCCCACAGACCUCUCAGGAUGGGGUUCACCCCAUCCACCUCUUCAAUGAUAGAUUCUUUAGCAUUUCAAAAGAAGGGAGAAACCACUAUUGAAGACAGAAUGGGCAGUGGCACGUGUUUCAUCUAGGAUUUUUUUUUUUCAACUGGAAGGAAAACAUUUGGUCAGGGCUUACCACAGGCUAGUCAACGCUGGGGCCAAGGUGCCAAGCACGGCCGCCAAGAACUGUGGGCAGUCACUCGCACGGGAAAUGAGGGAGAUGCUGGAGUGAGCAGUGGGCAUAGCCAGCCUUGGGGACACUCCUGGGAACAAGUUACUACUACUGCCACCUGAGGCAGCAUACCGUGAGCACUGGGCCUUUGCGUGUGUGUUGGCUACCACCUCUCUAGGCACUGAAUUUCCUUCUUGCUCUCCUUAUUUCAGGACUCUCCUUGCCUUGCCUAGCUGAGGAGACAGACUUCCAAGCAACUAUUGCAGAAAGUGAAUUCCUUUCCAGUGUUUUUUCUGGGGUCUGGCUGGCUCCUGGAGAGGCAGUCUUUUUCCUAUGGCUCCCCAUCUGCAGUUUCCAGAUCUUUCUUGAGCCUGAGGCCUGGGGUCUGCUGUCUAUGUGGUGGUUGAUUUCAUCAACCCUACCCACUCUGCACCACCUGUAUGCUGGGCACUAGCCAGGUUCCAGAUGGGAGUGGCAGGGGUCAGAAGACAGACUUUGCUGGCAUUCUCGGCAGCAUUUUUAAGUUUAUAUUUUCUAUAUAUAUUCUGUAUAUAUCUCUCUAGCACUUGUCCAGAGUCCAAAGGGACCAUAUUCCUGAUUAACCAGUAUUCACAGAAGUGGAGCAAAGAAACCUUAACCUUGGGAAGGGUCGCUGACUUAGUACGGUCAAAAGUGGCUUGGGAUCCAAGGGUUGGAGAAUAUUUCUCUGAUUGUGCUGGGCUGGGUUCUGUGGAAAGGAUCCUGAGGCCUCUGAGAUGCCACUGGCAGACCCCACAUUUGCCGGGACAUAAUUAGAUUUAAUUUAAAACUUACCUAGAAAUACUGCAUUUCAAGGCUGGGCGUGGUGGCACAUGCCUUUAAUCCCAGCACUCGGGAGGCAGAGGUAGGAGGAUUGCCAUGAGUUCAAGGCCACCUUGAGACUACAUAGUCAAUUCUAGGCCAGAGUGAGACCCUACCUCGAAAAAAAAAAAGGAAAAGAAAUACUGCAUUUUAUUGUUCUGCACCCCUCCU